UCGUUAAAACGAAACGGCGGGCGACCUUGAAGUACGCUGACUUUCUGUGCCCUCCUUGUCUGAGCACGUGACAAGGAUACUGAGUAUUGGAAAGGUUCCUGGCAUGAUCGAGACAAAACUCUAACCUCAAUGUAUGUAAAAUCUACUGUCAGAGCUUCAGACAUGGAACUGAGAAAAUAAUCUGUUUGAAAGUUUGGUCAAACGUUGAAGAUUUAGUUCCUGCUUUCCUCAUUUUCAGGGUUUUUGGAACUGUAAGAUAUAAAGAGACCAUAGUUGCAUAAUUACACUUCCUGCCCAAUGUUGAGUAAACGCUAUACUAUCAAUGUUUUAUUCGCCAUUCAAAAAAGUUAUUUCAUUCCUUUGAGACAAUAUGCUGAUGGACGAACAACUUCAUCUAUAUAUUGUAGACAUGUUAAAGAAGGGAAACUUAGGCAUGACGAUUUUCAAUUUUCGAUUGUCAAACAACUCGAUGAACUUUGUAAGGAGUUAAACUCAUACUAUAACAGAAGUCGAUUAUUAUCAGUGCUUAAUAGUCAAAGUGUUCCUAGAGGUAUUUACCUAUACGGUUCUGUGGGUUGCGGGAAGACUAUGUUAAUGGAUAUGUUUUAUGAGUGCUGUAGCCUCGAUUGCAAGUGGAGAACUCAUUUCCACUCAUUCAUGUAUAAAGUUCAUGGAAGGCUACAUGCUGUUCGGUCAUCUGCUCCAAGAAACAAAAAAUCAUUUGAUCCUAUUCCUCCAGUAGCGAAAAGUAUCAUUGAUGAAUACAAAUUGUUAUGCUUCGAUGAAUUUCAGGUCACAGAUAUUGCAGAUGCAAUGAUAUUAAAACGAUUAUUUGAGAAUUUAUUUAAUCUUGGCGCUGUCGUUGUUGCUACAUCGAAUCGUUGUCCUGAUGAUUUAUACAAGAAUGGAUUACAGCGUGUAAACUUUGUACCUUUCAUAGGUCUUCUUAAAGAAAAGUGUCAUAUAGUCAACUUGGAUUCUGGUGUGGAUUAUCGUACCAAAAUAAGUGAAACGUCAUUGCAAGAAUCAGAUCUUCCCCUGUAUUUAGAUUAUUCUACUGGAAAUAAUGAUGUCGAUAAUCAACUUGACAAAUGGUUUACAAAAUUAACAACUGAAGAUGGGCAUGUUGGACCACCGAUAGUUGGGGAAAUUUCAACAUAUGGACGUGUAGUUACCUUUAAACAAACUGGUGGGAAUAUUUUAAAAUGUUCAUUUGCUGACUUGUGCAAUGUGAGAAGGAUAAUCCCUAUACCAAAGAAAGCUUCUGGUGAUAAAAAUGCGAAACUUAGACCCAUAGCAAUAACCUCAUCUUUCCUCAAAAUAAUGGAAAAAUUACCGAUACAACCACUUCAACCUGCAAUAAAAGAGCACUGUGAUCCAUUUCAGUUUGCUUACAAAUGCAAAAGAAACACAUUAGAUGCCGUUGCUGUUCUGCAUCACAAUAUAGUGUUCGGGUUGGAAAAGGGUAAGAAGUAUGUUAGAUGCGCUUUCCUGGACUUUACUUCUGCUUUUGAUUCUAUUCCAAGACACCUCUUACUUGACAAGCUGAUCAACAUCGACACUGACAGCUGGAUAACCAAUUGGCUACGUUUCUACCUUUCUGGAAGAGAACAGUACACUGUCUUUGAAGGAAAGUGUUCAACAUCUCUACUGUCUACUGUAGGUGUGCCACAAGGAGCUGUUCUUUCACCUCUGCUCUUCUCUUUCUUUUUGCAUGAUCUGCCAUCUUCCACAGAAAACACUUUUGUAAAAUAUGCGGACGACCUCACCGUAUGUAUGCCAAUUUCUACCUCCUUACAUCCUAUAGAAAUGAAUGAGUUUUUAUCUCUUAUUGAAAGGCUGUCUGUUGAUAAUGGUCUCUUACUCAAUCCAUCUAAAUGUCAAGCUGUUAACUUUAGCUUGAGACAUGGACAGAACUUAUACUCUAUGUUGGGAUCCCAUAAUGCUUGUGCCAUUGGAGACUCCUUAAUAAACACAGUGUCGAAGGUCAAAUAUCUUGGUGUUAUUUUUUCCUCUGAUCUUUCUUGGUCUUCUCAUGUUUUACUGUUAUCGAAAAAAAUUUACCGUUUGACAUACUACAUAAAGAGGCUGCAUGCUUUUGGGAUUACUUGCCAUUUACUCUUACAAUUUGUAAAUUCUUGCAUAUUACCUAUUAUUUUAUAUUGUUCUCCAUUAUUCUUUCCCGGGCUUUUGAGAAAAGACUUUGCUAUUUUGCGUAGAGUGCUCAAGGCAGUUUGCAAGCCUUUAGGUGCUGCUGAUUAUAUGAGUUUAGCUAAACGUUUUCAUACAAUUAUAUUAUAUGAUGUACCACAAAUGGGAAUGCAUAAUUUACCAAGCUUAAAACGUUUUACACAUUUAAUUGAUGUUCUAUAUGAUACACAUACACGUCUUAUUAUUGGUGCUAAUUGUUCAAUUGAAAAUUUAUUAUCAUCUAAAAAUGAUACAUCAUCUAUUGAAUUACAAUCACAUCAUCGUCAAUUAAUAGAUGAUUUAAAGAUUAAUAUGGAUCAUCCAACUAAUAUGAAAGCAUCAAUAUUUACAGGUGAUGAAGAUUUGUUUGCUUAUUCUAGAACAUUAUCUAGAUUACAUGAAAUGCGUUCAAAAGUGUAUUGGGAUCAAAGUGGACCAAACCGUAAAGUUGGCUAAGAAAAGAGAACAUAAACGCUUUAUAGAAAAACAGAUUCGUAUUUUGCUGAUUAAUUUUUCCUUUUUAUAUCUCAUUAUCUAUGACUUUGAAAAAUAGAAAGAACAAUCCUAUUUCUUAAUCUUUUCUUUAGAUAAAAUAUUAUACACAGAUCAUUAGUUUUGCGAUACGCUUAUAUUUUGUAAAAUACAUUUCUUCAUUAACAUCUA